AUGUUCUCGUCCAUCCGCGCCGCAGAGCGAACAGAAACGCCGCAUUUGUUCACCAUCGAACAAUGCAUCGAGGAAAACAUUCCUCUUUCGGCCGGGUACCGUGAUUUCGAAGGCUACAAAGGCAAAUACCCGGAUCCCAAGUGGCCGGGGAAUUCAAAGCUUUGCGUCAACAUUGUCCUCAAUUUUGAGGAAGGGGGAGAGUACAGCGUCCUGAAUGGCGAUCUUCGUAGCGAAACGGAUCUACAAGAGAUGAUGGGCCGCCCAAUCAGGCUGGGAGCGCGCGACAUCCAGAUGGAAACGCAGUACGAAUACGGGACCCGCGCUGGGGUAUGGAGGAUCGCGCGUCUUCUCGAAGCGAAGAAUAUCAACGCCACAGUGUACGCGGUUGGUCAGGCGGUCCUGAAGGCUCCCGACGCAGCCAAGUACCUCGCCCGGUGCGGACACGAGAUAGCAUCGCAUGGAUACCGGUGGAUCGACUAUCACCCCGUUCCGCUGGCAGUGGAGAAGGGGCAUAUUGAGAAGUGCAUCGCGGCCAUCAAGACGGUAUCGGGCAAGGCACCGCGUGGGUGGUACGUCGGUAGGCCAUCUCUCUCCAGCAAGGGCUUGGUGUGCCAUGUUUUCAGAGAGCAGGGGCUGGAAUUGCUUUACCAAUGUGACUCGUACUCCGACGAAAUGCCCUACUGGACGGCGCAUCCUAUAGAGGCCGGGAAGGGGCUGCUGACUAUUCCUUACACGUACGACGUCAAUGACAACAAGUUCUGCACGAAUCCCGGGUUCGUGAAUCCGAAGGACUGGCUUGAUUACUGCAAAGCCGCAUUCGACGUGAUGUAUCAGGAGGGGUGUGACGGCGAGCCCAAGAUGAUGACAAUCGGUCUACACAGUCGGAUAAUUGGAAAGCCUGCUCGCUUUAAGGCUUUCCGUGAGCUCCUCGAGUAUAUCCAGGGGCACGAGGGGGUCUGGUUUGCAACGCGCGAGGAGAUCGCGAGGCAUUGGCAGGCGACGCACCCGUUUGACAAGUCCAAAUUGAAUCGAAUAGCACACUUUAUCUAG